UCUCUUCCUUUUGCCAGGUAUGGAUUCAUUCAUGACAAACGAUUACCGCAGAAGCACGAUCCACACGAGACCAAAUCGAACGAGGUGGAAAUGGAGCGCGUCAAAAAGUGGAUGAAAAUGGUCUACAAAAACAAAACGCCAAUUUUCCAGCAACCGAAACUCCACAAACGGGUCUACAAGGGCAUUCCGGAUAGCUUACGGUCUCGGGUGUGGGGCCAGUUGCUGAAUCUGGAUCAAGUCAUGGCGGACGCCAAGAACCGUAACAAGUACCAAGAAAUGCUAACGCUUGCCCGAACCUGGAGCACCGAGGCCAGACAAAUCGACUCGGACGUCAACCGGCAGUUCCGAGAGCACGUCUUCUAUCGGGAACGGUACAGCAUCAAGCAGAAGAGUCUCUUCAACGUGCUGGUGGCGUACAGUAUGUACAAUACGGAGGUUGGAUACUGCCAAGGAAUGUCCGGACUUGCGGGGGUAUUACUUAUGUACAUGGACGAAGAAGAGGCAUUCUGGGCGUUGAGCAUACUGUUGGCGGAUAGGAAGUAUGCUAUGCAUGGUCUUUUCAUAGAGGGCUUCCCCAAACUGACACGCUUUCUUGCGCACCAUGACAAAAUCAUAGCCAAAUUUAUACCAAAGCUGAAAAAACACUUUGACCAGUACAAUCUGGACUCAAUACUCUACUCGUUGAAAUGGUUCUUUGUUGUGUUUAUCGAAAGGAUACCGUUCAGCCUAUGUUUACGCGUUUGGGAUGUGUACCUUCUGGACGGGGAGAAAGUUGUUACUGCCAUGGCUUACACCAUAUUACGUUUGCAUAAAUCUAAGAUUUUGAAGCUCAAAGACAUGGAUUUAAUAGUGCAAUAUAUACAGACUAAGCUGCACACCGAUUUCGGUUACGACGAUGACUUCGUUAUCCAAACGUUGGAAAAAUGCAUGGAUGAACUACGUAAAGCGAACUUGGAUCUACCGCCACCGGCCAGCGAGAUCGAGCUGCCAAAAAAGCAAUUCGGAGUGUUUGUGGAACCAACCGUGGAGGCUAAGAUUGGACGCCGUAAAAAGGAGUUUUCCGACACGGAGAAGGAAGUUACGGAGACUGUUAAGACAAAGCGUGAGAUUACUGCCCAAGAGAUUUCUACCCUUAACCAAGCCACUGCGAUAGGAAGUGGGUCCAACACUCCGCUAAAUACUGGUAACGUACCGGAGUCGGAAGACGGAGGCUCGUUACUGGGCAGCUCGAGGAAAUCGUUGGCCGACACAUCGGUUACAUCGACAGCCGAUUUGAGUGUCCUCUCCGGAGGCCAGAGUCAACGCUCCCACAAUGCUUUCGAGCUGACCUAUGAGGAUCACCCCAAGAUGAUCGAAAGCGCCGAGGAUUGUGAAGGAGAAAGUAGCCCUGGAUUACGGAAACGAGCGAUUAUUCUCUCGGCAAAACAGAAACCAACCGCCAAGGGUCCAACGUCUGCCAUCGGUUCAAUGAGUGUGGUAGCUCGCAGCCCGUCGGCUCAACCGACGCCCCGGGCAAUGUCUCCCCAGGACGUUGUGCGCAUUUACGUUCCGCCGGCCCCGCCGGAAGAGUUACAGAAGAACACCCCGUCCCAUUCGGCGUCCACCGGUACGGUCGUGUCAAAGAAGGAUUCCUUUGGCAAAAACACAAACCGGUACUCGAAUGGGUCCAAUUAUUCCGGUGGUGGUGCCGGAACACCGAUCGUGGUAAGUCGCUUGAGCAAUUACAACGAUGAGGAUGAGGAUGAUUCGAAAACUAGGCGGAAUAGCGAAAUCGAGUUGUACCAGCCUACGUAUAGCAGUGGUAGGUUCGAGUAUGGCAGUGACUACGGAACGACGUCGUCGAUUCAAAACUAUGGGGUCAAUGGAAGGUCUACGUCCAGUUCGCGACGUGGAAGCAUGUCGAGGAAGUCCCCUGCGCCCAUGCUGGAUGGGGAGUUCAUUAUUGAGUGUAGUCAUUUGAAAGGGAGGAAGUAUGUUCCGGAUCAUCAUACGAGUCAUAGUAGCUUGAAUCAGGGCGGUGGCGUUCGGAUAAGGAAUGGCUCAGAGAAUAACAUACAUAGGAUGACGUCGUUUGAGGAGCUGGCUAAGAAUAAGUAUCUUGGCGGUAGCAGUAGCAGUUUAUUGAAAAAUAUCAAUGACGAUUACAUCAUUCGACAAAUGGUGCGAGCGAAAGGGAACAGAAUGACCAAAAGCGAAAUUUACGAAACUGUCGAUAGCAGUGAAAGUGGAAGCAACGAUCGGUAUGAAAUGUAUGCAUCGAUUAACACACAAAAGAUUUCUAGAGGUCAUAAGAGCGAUUACAACAUACAGUAUAAGAAUCUCUCAACUAGAAACGUUGGCGAUAGUCAAGUCAUGGACUACAACAGCAUCGAGUAUAAGACAUUCAAAACUCGACAGAGUAGCAGAGAAAGCGGCAACGACAGCAGUCCAUUUGAUUAUGAUUUGUUGCCCGAUAACCGGGUCGAAAAUAACGUACUCCGAAAUUAUAAUAGAUUUUUCAACAAUGAAGAUGACGAUGAAGACAAGUUAUUGAACAAAUCCUCAGAUGAGUCUUCCACUAGUCCUCCGCCCAACAGGCAGGUGCAAUACGUUCAGAAUAACUCCUCCGCCUUCGUGAAUAGCCCCAGCAACGAAUCUGUUCCACUUUUAUCUCCGACCUCCGCUGGCCGUAAAACGUCCGUCCCAAGUCAGAACUCCUCCAUCCCAGUGAGCAGCAAUGCAAAACGCAACAAACACUCUACGGAAUCGUUCCGGUUGGAUCUGGCCUCUCCAUUGACGUCAUCCAACCGACGGAACACCAACGAAUCAACUUCCUCUACAGCCUCUUCGGCAUUCGCUGCAAGGCAACAUCAUCAGCAACAUCAAUCGUCCGGUUCUCGCAUUCCAGUUAUAAAGUCCCCAACAUCACCGCCAACUUCAAACCAAGGCUCGCUGAGGAAACCUCAAAAGUCGAGAAUUCCAACAUCACAACAGGCUUCGCUAACAUCACCCCUAUCGCCGACUGGUUCCACCAGCAGUCAUACGAACGGUCGCAACAUCGCCGGUAGUCGGAUACCAUCGUCCGCUGGUCCGUUUUCGCCCAUCCUUCCCGGACAAACGCAACGAUCCGGUAGCCAUCAGUACUACGACUCCAGUUUGGGACGCUCGCGCAUCGGAUCGUCCAGUUCAGCCCACCAAAUCCAGCAGCAGCAGCACCAGCAGCCAACCGAUUCGAACAAAAUACGAAUCAAGGUAAAUCAAUCGCAGUCCUACAGCUCCGGUUAGGGAAAAAAAGAAGCCACUGGAAGUGACUGUUGUCUUUUGAUUCGGUCACGAUAAUAAUAAGCCCGUAAUCUCUGAGAAACUUCUCUGUCUCUCUAUCUUUAUCUCUGUCUAUCAAUCUUACAUUCCAACUGUUAGUGAUUAGGGAUGAUUUUAAAUUGAUUUAGCUUUUUAUGUCGUUUUUUUACGUAGAAAUUCAGCGUUUGCAAGCAAAGCUUACUAAAUUUUCGCUUCGUUCAUCGAAUAACUGUUUUGUUAUAAACUAAACCCAUAUGAAUUAGAAAUUCGGAAAUUUUUUAAAGAAAACAUAUUAACAGACUAAAGCUAGAAGAUGUAUUUUUCCGAAGUAUUUCGAAUUCGAUGAAAGUUUGUUCUUUGUGUUUGUUUUCUAUAAUAAAUUGAGAGACCAGUGGGAGUGUUUUUUAAACUGCUGUGUCCCAGAAUUUAAUUCCUCCGAAAAUUGUAUUUGAAGAAGAAUACAUAGAUGUCAUUUGAAAGUGAAUUCUGUGAAAUGGUUGCCUGUGGAAUUAUUCGCGAAAGAAUUUAUUUUCAGGACUUGGAUACGUUAUUUCCAAAAAAUAUUGUUUGAAAAUUCAAAGUAUUUUCAAAUAGGUUCGCAAAUAAUUAGCCCCAACUACAAAACAAACUUUCGACAAAUUCGGAAAUGCCUUGGUUUAAUCUAUCCAAUGUCGAAAACAUCUAGCUAGCUGCUGCCUAGUUCAUAUUAACGUGCAUUUAUUUUGCUUUAGGAGCAAAACGGUAGCAAACAGAUUGUCGUUAGCAUUCGAAUUGAUCGUUAGGUUUGAAUCUAAUAACUCCACUAGUCCACUGACUGGGAGCCACUGCAACGCUAUACCUGAAGCAAUCUCUAAUAUAUCAGAUUUUAUCUGGUUAUGUUUGGGUCAUCCGACGACAUUAGUGUAGUAAGACAAAAAGCAUUCCGUAAAUUUAAACACCAAACAAACCUGUUCACGUCGUAAUUCGCGACUUGAAAUUGUUUCCACAAUGGUUGUUCAUUCUAGCAAGUUUCUCUGUAAUAAGUAGCAAUCAGCUAUCUCUACAAACUUCCGAACUUCUUUCGUUUGAUCUAUGUUUCCUGCAAACAUUAAAGCAAACAAAUUGACUGAAUCUCCUAACAAUAGUUUCCCAGCCGAUAAUUCUACGCAUGAUACAUUUUGAUGCAACAAUGAGCCCCUCUUCAUAUAUUGCGAGAUCUGUACAAAUUACGUUGUGCCAGUAUCCUCGAAUAUCGUUCAGAUGUUCGGCGUAGUGCUGCUUCCAGUUUUCAAUUCUCUUCGGCGGUCGGCGGAACCUCUAUCCUUUGUAUGUGGGUGAAGAGUGAAGUGAAAUGAGUGGGUGAGCUGAAGAGAAAGUAAUAGCAGAAGCUCUCAUCCACCCACAACAUCGAACAGCAUAUGUCGACUACGCAUAUGAUUAAACAGAUAAUAAGAUGUUACUUAAAUUGGUUGUUGUUCAGAAAUGUGUUAAGUUAGUUUUCGGCAGACAUAUCAAACGAUUCCCAGUUAUUCUAUCAGCCCUUCUUGACAAUAAUAUGUACCGUUCUGAGAAUAUAAAAAAAACAUGAUUCUGGAUAAUCAAGUCAGCAUGCUUUCAAGUAUAAUCGAAUCUCACUCAGUGUUGGGAAUACUCACUUGCAAGUGUUAUACUCACUUGCUUCUAUCUAAGCUCAGAAGCAUGAUAUCAAAAAACGGUGUAUGAAGGAUAUGUACAUUGUAGUUUUAUCUAAAAUUUUGCCUAAUUAAGUAAGAGUCGCACACACAUUCAUAAAAUUAGUGUAAUUUAUACUCACCUUGCACUCACGGCUUUGCCACGCUUUGGUAUGCGUGUGCGACCAUUACUUUAUUCGGCAAACUUUUAGAUAAAAUACAAUGUACAUGCCCUUCAAAUACUUCCGAACUGAAAUAGUGACAAGUGAGUAUAAUUUUAUGCAAGUGAGUAUUCCCAACACUUCUCACUUUUAGUGUCAUAAGAGUGCAAUUGCCGUGAUCGAUUUCUCCUAAUUGAUUUUCUUGUUGGGUAAUCACGGACGGAACAUUGAAUAAGCUUCCAAUUGAUUUUUAGUGUUUUCCUAUGCAAGAGGACACAAACAAAUGUCCACAAUUGGAGGAUUACGUGCAUCUGGAGCCGGCCUUCUGAUACAUGAUGCAGGAGGAUAAGGACUUCAACAACCUGAAACAACAAUAGCAACAGAAAACAUUUUCCCGAGGUUGAUUGAGAAGCAAACCGCAGAAAAUCGAUCAAGAUAAAUUGAUCCUCAUGACACUAAACGCGAGAAAUAGCAUAAAUCAAUACUCAAAUUAUUUUUGGAGUUACAAUUUCAUAGCUUAUUCUUCUGAAGAACAGAAUAAUGUAUGUAAUUGAAUUAUACAAACAAGGUUUUGUUGUUCUAAUACACCAAGUUUGGUUUUCAAAAGCAUACUGACCAGACAAAAGUUGCUCAUAAAAGCAUGAUUUCUUCAAUUUUCUAUAUUCCAAUUCUGUUAACCAGUAUUCACUUUCAUAGCCUACUAUCACUACAAUAACUGAUUGUUACAAACCAAAUAAAUACCUACUUAAAUUCCCGGAAGAAAUCACAGUGUAAUGUAAGAGGCCCAAUCUUAUGAAGUCGAUAAUUCCAAUGAAGUAAAAAAAAUACUACAACAACUGUUAUUGAACAACAAUGUGAUUUACGCUAUUCCAAUAAUAAACAACACACCAUACUAUAGGUACUAAUUGUUUCCGUUGAUCGACGUAUGAUUAAUAGCCUGGAAUAGAAACUAUCAAUCGCUAGUUGAGUUUGGUAUGUUACUCCGUGAUACGGUCAGUGAGGGGAUGUGACUCAUAUUUAAGAAUUUUGAGGAUUAGUUUACAAUUUUUACGCACUCCUCCAUUCUAGCCUUACAUCACAGCGAUCGGAAGUCACGUCCUUUGAGGCGAACCACUUCAACAUUCGAAAUGCAAAAACAUCAAAAAUGUAAGUUAUGUUCACUGCUUCUUUCCCGCGAAGAAUUGAAUGGCGAUAAAAUAUUGGAAAGCAAAACAUAUUUAUUAAAUUAUUUUCUACAAACUAUAUAUUGCAAACCAGAUGGAAAACAAAGAAAUUAUUUAUAUUUGAAAACGAAACUGUAGAAUUUUACAUUGAUUUGAAGGUAAUCAAAGCUAUAUAUUGUAUAUUGAUCGCGUAUUGUAAUCGGAUAAAAACGACGAGUGGGCACCGAGCCCACAACGUUUAGCUUGUCAUCGUAGAGAUCUGAAAAGUUUUAUUCUAUCAAAAAAAAAUGUAUUAACAUGUGUUAGCGCUGCGUACACACUUUUUUAAUAAAACAAAAUGCAAAAGUCA